GCGGUGGGCACCGGCGGCAGAGACCCCCCCUCCGGCAGUGGCGGUGACACUCGGUCGAGGCCAUGGACCCCAAGGACCGCAAGAAGAUCCAGUUCUCGGUGCCAGCCCCCCCCAGCCAGCUGGACCCCCGCGCCGUUGAGAUGAUCCGCCGGCGGAGGCCCACGCCGGCCAUGCUCUUCCAGCUCUCCGAGCAUUCCUCCCCAGAGGACGAGUCCCUGCCCUACCAGCGUGCCUCCGGUGAGGGCUGCCUGCUGAAACCAAAGAGGACCAACCCGUGUGCCUACACACCGCCCUCGCUCAAAGCGGUGCAGCGCAUCGUGCAGUCCCACCUGGAGAGUGGCCUGGUGGGGGGGGACAGCUCCGACGGGGAGGCCGAUGACGGGGAGCACGAGCUGUCCCACGCCUGCGACCCCGACAGCACCCUCGAGACUGCCCCGGGGAGCCAGGGCAGAGCCGAGCGGAGCUUCUUCCCCGCCGGCCCCAAGGCGCACAAGCGGAAAGGCGGGCAGAAGGUGUCCUUCGCUGGUGGGCUGGAGGAGCGCGGCGAGGCCCUGAAAUCCCUGACGGUGUCGGAGAUCCCGGAGGAUCCCGAGGGAGCGGAGGGUGACGAGGAGGAGCCGGGACGGGAGCAGGAGGAGGGUGGCAGCGGGGAGCGGCGACACGUUGGCUUCGCGCCCCCCGGCCCCGAGCGCCAUGCGCCCACCUUCCCGCUGGGCACCAGUUAGCCGGCACUGGGCACCCACCGCCCCCCGGCCGCAGCAGCUUCGUCCGUGCCCCCCCCAGCCCCCCCUGCCCUGCCUGCGCUUCGUGUGCCCUGCCAUGCCCUGCCAGGACC